CCCUCUUUUUUCGUUUUUUCCACGUCUACCAAGCCGCAGUUUCCAAUCGCGAUUCCCCCAUCGUCUCCUCUCUGACCCUCUCCUUCCUCCUACCGGGCUCGUCGGAACCCUAGCCCCAGCCAUGGUGCACGCCGCUCAACCCGCGGCCGGCGCGACGCGGGCGGUGGUCCUCCGCCUCGAAGACCUCGCCCUCCCGCCGCGGUACCUCACCGUCCCGUCCCACCUCCCCGUCUCGCACCUCCUCCGCUCCCUCCCGCUCCCCUCCUCCUCCUCCUUCUACCUCACCUCCGACGGCCGCCCGCUCGCGCCCUCCUCCCCGGUGGCCUCCCUCCCGCCGUCCGCCUCCAUCCAGCUCCGCCUCCGCGCGCUCCGCGGCGGGGGCGGCGAUGGCGGGUCCACCUGCGCCGAGUCGCGCGACUGCUACCUGUCCAUGUACCUCGCCAAGAAGCCCGACAAGGCCGACCCCAACGAGGCCCGGCUCUCCCGCUUCACCUGCUGCGCGCUGUCCGGGGAGCCCCUGGCCGCGCCGGCAGUCGCGGAUCGCCUGGGCAACCUAUUCAACAAGGAGGCCCUCGUCGAGGCGCUCCUGCACAAGCGCCUGCCCAAGGCGCUCUCGCACAUCCGUGGCCUCAAAGACAUGAUACCCAUCCACCUGCACCCCAAGCCUGAUGCUGCUGACGAUGAGGUCCGUUUCCAGUGCCCAGUCACUGGGUUCGAGUUCAACGGCAAGUCGCAGUUCCUUGUGCUCCGUGAGUGCGGCCACGUGCUAAGUGUGAAGGCUCUUAAGGAGGUGAAGACAUCCGCGUGUUUGGUCUGCCAUAAGGAGUUUGAUGAGGCAGACAAGAUGCCGAUCAAUGGGACCGAGGAGGAGGUGGCGGUGUUGAGGAAGAAGAUGGAGGAGGAGAGAGGGAAGUUGAAGGAGAAGAAGGAUAAGAAGCUGGCAAAUGGGCUGAGUGGGAAUAAACAUGCUGCUGCUGCGGUAGCAGACGCCGAGAAAUUGGAGAAUGUGAAGAAAGGGGAUACUGCCGCAGCAAAGCGCUUCAAGGCUGCAGAUCAUGCACCGGCUUAUGCAAACAAGGCAGUGUAUGCAUCAAUUUUCACGUCGUCCAAGAAGUCUGAUUUCAAGGAGACCUACUCAUGCAGAUCACUCCCUCUGGGAAGGAAUUAAGUUGAUGCCGGAGAGAAGCAAAUGGCAUGGAGGUGAAACUCUUGUACUGUUUCGGUUCAUUACUUCAUCAUGGCUUGUUCACAAGCAAAGCCAGAAGUUCCGACGUUGUUGUUUUAGUUAUUGUGUCAUCUAUGCUCAGUUGCUGAUGUGGAACUUCUAUUUUUCACUCUCAGGGAAGCAAUAUGUUCUUAUAAAUGAUUUGUGCACUAUGUAAUAGUUAAAAACAAUUAACAAGUAUCAUUGGCUCCACAAUCUUAGGACUCUCAAUUCAUAUCAAAGGGUUUUGAGUAUUUAUUGUUGCAACUUCUAAUGUACUGUUUUAUCA